UGUUCCUGCGUUAGCUUUCCCCGCGGCGGAACGGAGCAGCAGUCGGGCCGCUACAUAGAGCCGACCCGGACCUCCGCAGAGCAGCACACCGCCGAGAGGAGGCCGCGGAGGAAAACACGGAGGAAGAAGACACGGAGUAAAACACGGAGUAAACAUGGAGUAAAACAUGGAGUAAAACAUGGAACACAACCGAAGCUUCUUCCUGGAAGCCCUGGAGAGAUCAGAGACCCGGCGAGACGGAGGCUACAAGCACAACAACUGGAGCUUCUCUCUCUCUGGUGACAGCGAGGAGGAGAGGAGUCAUGAUGUGAGCGUGGUGAGCAUGGAGGAGAUGGACCGGCAGCAGCCCACCUCCCCCGAGGAGAAAAAGUCUCCCACUCUGAGGCACUUCACCUCCUCGGAUCCUUUGAGAACGUAUGAAAACCGGCCGAAUAAUCACAUGAGGCCUCUGAACAAGCUGGCGCCCAAAAGACUCAGCGAGGUCCCUCUCUCAGUAGCAACGUCCCCCCCGAUCCCCAACAGAAACAACUAUUUCAUCAUCAGUCCGGCGCCGUCGCAGGGAAUCGUCCUCCAGGGGCGACACUUCCAGCACGCACAGAUGCCCUCCGCCAUACGGAAACCGGUCCAAAGAAAAGACUUCUCCACCACACAACAAACAGUAGAAGUGGACAGCAUCGUCCUCACCUGUCCAGAGAUCUCAGAAGAGGAGACGCUGAACGUGAAGCGUCGCAUCCAGCAGAAGAGGAAGCCGUUGGAGGACUGCUGUACGUUUCCUUCGCAGGUCAAAGCAGCAGAGCCUCUGCGGCCGACCGCCUACCCCUCGGUGUGCUUGAAGUGCAACAAGCUGAGCGAGCUGGUCGGUCAGUGUCACCACUGUGGGACCGGAGCGGCGCUGCUGCCCUGUCAGCAGGCCACGCUGUCGUCUCCGACCCCACGACCCCCCAUUCGGUCCCAGCCCUCCCCGGGACCAAACGGCCCCCAGCAGAACUUCUACAAACCGGCUACGACCAUGAGGGGGCCCCGCGGGGAGACUCUGCCCGUACGAGUCGCUGGAACCAGGGGUACUCUGGUGCCUUUGAGCAACGGCAGGUCGCCUCUGUUGGCCGGGACGUCGAGCUGCUACGGAGCCAGGAACCCUCCCAAAGGGAAGAGGGCGGCCGCGGCGGCACAGCGGCAUGAACUCAACGACCCCAUCGUCCUGUCCAGCGAUGACGAGGAGGAGGCCGACAACGCCAGCACAGGAAGUGUCAACAGGCUGGACAGCGUCUCGCCUCGACCCGCCGACUCGGCUCACUCCUCGCCGGCGCCCUCUGGAGGCCGAGUGGAGGCCGCGGUGAAGAGCGCCGGAGAGCAGGAGGAGCCCAACACGGAGUUCUUUGAAGACGUCAACAUGAAGAUAACGAUACCGCGGAGAGCCCGGAUGAAAGAUCAGUUUGGGAAUCAACCCCCCGAGCAGUUUUCUCCGAGGCCGAAGAAACCCAAGUUCUCGUCCAACAAGUGUGACAGCAUCAUUCUGGAGUGUCGGAGCGUCAGGGUGGGAACUCUACGCAGGAUGGUGACCAAGCCCGCCGUCUUUUCCAUCGAACAGAUCCAGCUGGAGACUGAAGGCUCGGAGCGAAACACCGUGGAGAACAUCUGUCUCCGGGCGUCGGAGCUGAUCAGCUGUGAGUGGUGCAGCGUCAGGAAGCUUCCCGUCUUGUUCUUCCAGACGACUCCGGCGGAGUGUGUCCGCCUACGCACGCAGCUCGGCAUGUCGGAGGAGAAGGGAGGCCACUGGUACGACUGUGCCGGAGACCAGUCGGACGAGAAGUUCAUCGUCCUGAUCUUCGAGAACGGCCUGGUGAUGAAGGAGCAGGCGAUCCUGGAGGACAUCCUGAGCGAGAUCGGCAGAACCAACAACCUAAGCAACUUCCCCGCCAAGCUGCCGUUUGAAGAAGCCAACAUCCGACUGGUCAACUACAACAAGGCCCUGAAACAGAAGGAGGAGAAGGAGAAGCCGACUCAAAGCCCUCACAAAAUCACACAAGGGUCCUCGGUUACUACGGUAACGCAGGUCGCCCCGGUGAGCCCGGGCGCCAUGCACGCACGCACACGGAUGGCCACCCGCCAACACACCGGCGGAUACUUUGAAGAGGAAGACGAGGACAUGACCGACCUCCAGCCCACCUUCUCCGGACCAAUCGUCAAGUUAAUGGUGUAUCCUCCUCCUCCAGCCAAAGGCGGCAUGUCGGUCACUAAUGAAGACCUCCACUGCCUUAACGAUGGAGAGUUCCUCAACGACGUUAUCAUAGAUUUUUAUUUAAAAUAUUUAGUUCUAGAGAAAUUGAAAAAGGACGACGCACAAAGAAUCCACGUGUUCAGCUCCUUCUUCUACAAACGACUGAACCAGAGAGAGCGGAGGAACGCUCCCGACACAACGAACCUGCCAAUCCAGAAAAGGAAGCACAACAGGGUGAAGACGUGGACUCGGCAUGUGGAUCUCUUCCAGAAGGACUUCAUUUUUGUUCCCAUCAACGAAUCAGCUCACUGGUACCUGGCCGUCAUCUGCUUCCCGGGUCUCAAGGGUCCGGUUUACGAGCAGAACCCGCUCUACCACGGCGCUCUGCCUCCACCUUCCUCCGCCUCGGCUGCAGAUCCUCCGUCAGAGGAGGGCCUCCCGGAGCACUGUCGUCCUCUGUCCCCGGACAGAGACGGGCUGGACGGCUCCUAUGAGGACCCGUCCACCGGCGUCCCAGAGGCGUCCACGGACCGUCAGACCAACGGCGAGAACGCAGCCUUCACAGACCGGGGACCGGAGACUUCCAACACCACGACGGCGUCCAAAAACGGCCCGGCUGAUCCAGAGCAACAAUACACAAGUGAGCUGCAGAGAAUCAGUGUUUGCUACGGUUCAGCUAAAGGAGACGACGACACCUUCACCUUCUCCGACGACCAAAGCUCGUGUCAGGAUGAGUGCAGCGAGGACGGCGCUCUGGCUGAAGACACGCUCGGCUCCGACGCCGCCGCUUUGGCCUCCAAACUGAACCUCUGCAAACAGCCUUGUAUCCUCAUCAUGGACUCCCUGCGUGGUCCGGCCAGGUCCACGGUGGUGAAAACUCUCAGAGAGUACCUGGAGGUGGAGUGGGAGGUGCGUAAAGGGUCCCAGAGGAGUUUCGGGAAGGACGUGAUGAAGGGUUCGAGUCCCCGAGUGCCUCAGCAGGAUAACUUCAGCGACUGUGGAGUUUACGUCCUGCAGUAUGUGGAGAGCUUCUUCGAGAAUCCCAUCCCCAGUUUUCAUCUUCCGGUGAGCCUGUCCGACUGGUUUCCUCAGCAACGGAUGAAGACGAAGCGCGAGGAGAUCAAGGAGCUCAUCCUGAAGAUCAAAGAGCAACAGGAAAUGGACAAGAAGGAGGCGGAGCAAGUCGCGGCUCCGCCCAGCUCUCCCGGAGAGCCCGAGAUUGAAGAGACUUCUGGGUCGACGGGUCGGCCUCCGAACCUUCCCAUCAGCCCCUGAAACUUCCCCACCCUCCUCCUCUUCAUCCUCCUCCUCCUCCUCCUCCUCCUCCCAUCACUCACAGCGGGGGGGCUGAACCUGAUUGUACGCUGCUGGUUUCACUUCAACGUGUCUGAAAAAAAAAAGAAACGGUCCAUAAUCCCUCCAUCAACCACGGACAUCAAACACACCUUUAACUUUGUACGGAUUAAACAUGAACUGUAAAUAUGCCGGAGUUUUUCCCGCUGCCUUUGUAAUUUACUGUUUUAUUUUUUUUCUGCCUCGGUCAUGAAGUGACUCGUUUAAGUUAUGUUUCCACGGAGGCUCCUCUCUCCAGGAGGAGAUUCUGCUGCUCUCUGGCAUCGUUCUUUUUUAUGCUGUCUCGUUGUGUAGCGGAGGACAAAAACAAAACCAACAAAAAAACAAACAGGAAGUUGCUGUUCUUUGUUAGCAAAACAAAAGAAGAAAGUGGGCGAGUCACAUACGUAGUUCAGUGCUUGUUGUGUCUCUUCCAUGUGGAGCCGAUGAUUUUUCAGCAUUAAAAGCAACUCGAGAUGCAAGAGCA